AUGGGUAUUAAACGUAAAUUUGUUUCAAGUUAUUCAGGAGAAUGCGCCAGAUGCUAUCAAGGCUGGGGAUAUCAAGAACCACUUUGGCCGAAAGGUCGCCAUCGUAUGUAUAUCUACAGUUUUUUGAUCGCCGUCCGCUCGGAGGGCCAACAGCUCAUGAGCGAGUCGGGCGAGACAACGUCACAUUUGAUGGGAAUGUUUUACCGGACAUUGCGCAUGGUCGAUAAUGGGAUUAAACCUCUCUAUGUCUUUGAUGGAGCGCCACCGAAACUCAAGUCCGGUGAACUGGCGAAGCGUACUGCACGAAAAGCAGAGGCUACUGAAGCCCAUGAGGAAGCAAAAGAGACGGGCACUGCGGAAGAUGUUGAGAAGUUCUCGCGGCGCACGGUGCGUGUCACAAGAGAGCACAAUGCCGAAUGCAAAAAACUGUUGAAGUUGAUGGGUAUCCCGUACAUCGACGCUCCGACUGAGGCAGAGGCCCAGUGUGCUGUGCUUGCGCGGGCAGGGAAGGUCUAUGCCGCUGCUUCCGAGGAUAUGGACACGUUAUGUUUCGAAGCGCCAAUUCUUCUCAGGCAUCUUACGUUCAGCGAGCAGAGAAAGGAACCCAUUCAAGAGAUCCAUCUGAAUCGUGCUCUAGAGGGACUCGGCAUGGAUCGCAAGCAGUUUAUUGAUCUAUGCAUUCUUCUCGGCUGUGACUAUCUGGAACCUAUCCCAAAGGUCGGGCCAAACACCGCUUUGAAACUCAUCCGGGAACACGGAAGCUUGGAGAAGGUGGUCGAGGCGAUCGAGAACGACCCGAAGAAGAAAUACGUCAUACCAGAAUAUUGGCCCUAUCAGGAUGCGAGGGAAUUGUUCCUCCAUCCAGAUGUGCGAGAAGCUGAUCAUCCCGAGUGUGACUUCAAAUGGGAGGCGCCAGAUGUUGAGGCUCUGGUGGAGUUCCUGGUCAAGGAUAAAGGUUUCAACGAGGAUCGGGUCCGCAACGGAGCUACGCGCCUGCAGAAGAAUCUCAAAACAGCUCAGCAAUCACGGCUUGAGGGCUUCUUCAAGCCGGUCGCUCGGACGGAUGAGGAGAAGGCUAGUCUCAAACGCAAGCACGAUGAGAAGUUACAGGAACAAAAGAAACGCAAAAAGGAGGAGGCCAAGGCUAAGAAGGAGGCCAAGGCGAAACCACGCGGUGCUGCGUAG